CCGCUUCUUCACGAAACCGCAGACAUGUUGCUGCCAUCUACCGUUUGUCCGCCAAUGUACUCUGGAUAGUUUAUAUUUUAUUAUAUGGUCCAAUAUAGAGAACAUAUUCACCAUACUGGACUUCAGCUGAGUCCAGCUGUCCAGUCUGAGGAAGUCGUGAAAAUUAAGAACUCGUUUUCCGGCUGAUUUCAGCUCUUUAAGUCGCUCCGUGACUCAAACCGAGGUCUGGCGCGGCGUUAGGUUACUAUGGCAACAGGGUUUGGUUUCUUCAGAGGCGAAAACAGAGCCAGCGGAUGAAUUUAUCUAAUCUCACCGGCCUCUAACAAAAGGUGGAGAUGCUGGCUACGGCCUCGGACGGCGGCCGGGAGGAGACGGUGACCGUGAGGAGAAGCGAGUCCGCGGACGCUCAGGAGAUCCACGGCCUCGUUAGCCCCUCAGCGCGGGCGGUGUUUGGAAGAGUCAACGUGAUUCAGCUGCUAGAGAAAGCCAAUCUGGCUGUGACUCUGACCAAUGAAAAGGGCAACAUCCUGGCCCACGCCUCCUUCUUCGAUCACCCUGUUGGAGAUUUGGUGGAUCAGACGCAGUGGGAAGCUUUCCUGCAGCAACACUUCAGUGCUGGACAGUGCACACCUCUGAACACGCUUUUCCUCCACCUUUUUGUGGCGCAGACGGAUUUCACCACAGCAAGUGUAAAGGAGAUAAUGAGGGCCGUCUUUAACACCGUGGCUGAGCUUGAAUACAUCUGCCUGCUCAGCCCGCAUGUUGGUGAUUUAGAGCGGGCGCUGGAUGAGAUAUUUGAGCCCUUGGAGCGUGUGACCGAGCCCGGGCCUCAGUGCUUAGCGUUGAUCUGCUGCAGAAAAGCUCACUGUCCGCGGCCUCUUAUCCGCACGGCCAGGGUCGAGGAUCACGAUGACCUUUUACCCCUGUUAGAUGAGCAGACAAACCUGCCGCCUGUCGUUGACCGGCCGUUCCUCCUGGCAUCGCUCAUUGAGGCCGAGGAGCAUCACGCCGCAGUUUGCGAGGUUAACGGCGUCGCCGUCGGCUUCAUCGUCGCCAGCGCUGAGGUUGACCUGAAGAGGCUCCGUGAUUGUUUCGAGCUGAGCAGCUUUGACGGUUUGAACAAAGUGCAGAAAACGAAACAUCAUGAAGUUCCUGCUCAGUCUGAUGAAGAUGCACAAAGUCAGUCUGCAGAGCAGCAGGAGGAGGCAGAGCCAGAGGAAUCCAGCACCUUCUGCAUUCAGCUCUUUGUUAUUAACAAGAGUUAUGAACUGAGAUCAGCAGACUUUAUUCCAUUUAUGUUCCAGGUUUUCCCCGACCAGGACCUCUGCGUCAUCACAGUUCCAAGUCUGUGCCCCGAGUUCCCCUUGUUGCAGAACUUUAUCAGGGUGCCGUCGGGCCCCAGCAGCUCGUUGGGUCGUGAACUCUACGUCUUCCACCGCGAUGGCCUCAGGCCUCUGACUGUGAGACCGGCCGUGGCUGCAGACCGCCCUGCUGUCUCUGGUCUGGUGAAGGACCUGAGCCUGAACGAGUCCCCGCUGCGGGACCUGGACCGCUGCUACGAGACCGGCGGCGACCCGGAUGCGGGUGCACUGCAGGCCUUCGUCGCCCUGGUAGACGCUGUGGUGGUGGGGGUAGUCAUCAUCAGGGACGAGCAGGACAUCGAGUACAUCCGUGCCCACUACAACAUUGAGAACUUCAUCUACUUCAGCCACCAUCGCUACGACGAGCACGCUCAGAUACUCCACUUCGUCCUCAAACCCUCCUUCCUGCACUUCUCCAAGCACCUCUUUAAGGAGAUCCUCCGGCUGGCUCACAAAUCCUGCCUGUACCUCCGAAUAUAUCCCCCCUAUCACAGCCAGGAGAAUUCCUGCGUCCACCAUCUGGAUUAUGUCCUCAACUGUGCCGUCCCCGUCCGCCCACGACGCCAGAUCAUCUACCCGCUGGAGGAGCUUGGCAUCAACGCCCCAUCCAGGCGGCUCACAGAGGACCAGGCGCCGUUCGCUCUCAGCCUCGUCAGCAGAAAGUUGACCAUGGAGCCAAAGGUCACCAUUAAUGCCAGGAUUGUGAUGGUGGGAGCUUCAGACACAGGUUUAGCUUUCCUCGAGAUGCUCUGCUUCUGCCCUCACCUGAGGUUCAACAACCUGACCCUCAUUUCGACGCACGGUUUCCCCGGCGACUGCGACCUCGAGGACAUCGGAUUUCUCUCCACAAGUCAUGCAUACAGCAGCAGAGACUUGGCACAGAUCCCAGUGCGUUCCUUUAUCGGUGUGGUGACGGGGAAGUUGGUGGGCAUCCGAAGGAAGUCCAAAUACAUCCUGUUGUCCAGUGGGGAGAAGGUGCUCUACGACCACCUCAUCCUCUGUACAGGCCUGCAGUAUCGGGUACCGUGUCCCACUGGUGUGGAUCUGAGCCAACCCGUCACAAACAGCCAGCUGCACUCCACUCACAGCAGAUACACGGGGCCCGUGCCCUCCAACCUCUUCACCCUCAACGACCUCCACGACUGCACGGCUGCUCGCCGCUGGCUCUGCGCCAACUUUCUGGAGCUGGAGGAAAAUGCCAUCGUCUACGGCAACAACCUCGAUGUCUACACCACCGUGGAGACUCUGCUCAGCCUCGGCAUCCGUGGAUCUCGGAUCAAUCUCGUCCUCCCUCCUCCUGAGCCAGGCGUCUGCAGCUUCACGGACUCGUCUGUAGAAAAAGCCGCGGUGAUGGCCAUGGAGAACGCCAAGGUCCGAAUCCACCGUAACUGUGUGCUGGCCCAGUUUAACAAUGGCAAACAAGCCGACGCUCUCACGUCGGCAUCAUUCACCACCGAUGCAGAGCCUCUCCAUCUGCAGUGUGGAGUGUUCAUCAACCUCUCCAACAAAGGGGUCGACUACGACGCCUUCAACAGCUUCAACGAAUCCUUCCUGGCAUUCGACGGCAGGCUUGUCAUAAACUCCUUCUUCAACACCAGCGAUUCAUCCAUUUGGGCCGCCGGACCUGUCACCAAAUUCUCCCGCAGUUACUACACAGACGAGUGGACGCACGCCAACUUCAACUCCAAGGAAGUGGGCGGGGGGCUGGCGUCCACGUUGCUGACCCUCUUCGAUCCGACCGUGGAGCCUGCCGAGGCGCCGCCUCCUGAAGCGAAUCGUCUCAUACCGCUGUACAAACAGGCCAAGAUUGAAGGUGGGACGCUUCCUGGAGGGUAUCACUACCUGCAUGUCAGCAAACCGUCUCCCACGGACCACACAGGUCCUCACAUUAAACGUGACACGGGGGUUGUGACGGGACGGGCGGAGGGGGGGAACUACUUCUGCUUGCAUCUCGACUGCUACGAGCUCGUGGAGGAGCUCACCUGCUUGUCCCUGAAGCCCCUCCCUGUCUCCAAUUACCUGAGUCUCUACAUGAAACACCAGCAGCUGCUGGGCCAGCUGCUGAGCCGCUACCACCAGGGCCUGAUCUGCGACCUGUACAGUUUCUUCACGCAGAGCUGCUGUUUGCCUGUUUUCCACGACAGAUUCUCUGACUUUGAGCAGGAGCUUCAGCAGAUCACCAAACUCAAGGUGCGGACGGAGGACGACACGGAUCUCCCCCCUCCUGACCGUUUAGACGAGCAGAGUCGAGCAGCUGUGAGGAGCAGCGCCGUGAAGUACCUGAGCUACAACCGAAACCUGCUGCCCAUGUUCAUGUGCCCGGGACAGCUCUGAACUCACAGCGUGGCAAACAAACACAACUCUGUUUGAGGUGCAGUAAUUAUAUUGUGUAUCGUUGUGUACCUCCAGUCAUUCGAGCUGGUUCAGGAUUGUAGUGGAGACUCGGUGUCCUGCUCUGGUGUCAGUUUGCGGUCUGAUGGCGUUCCAGCUGGGAUGUAGGGUAAUUCAGCGGAGCAGAAAUAAACACUGAAGCAUGUUUGUAUUCUGAGUCACAGCUUUACAGCAUGAAUGUGUCCAAAAACUGGAAUCCUUACACCAAAAUACUCACAGCACUGCAUACCUGAGGAAUAAUAUGUCUAAUAAUAUGUAUGAUUUUUGAAUGAACUGUCCUUUAUUCAAGGCAGCGCCUGAACAGUGUUUUUUGAUAAAGCCAGUGGUGGAUCAAACAGGUGGAUAUUGUGCUGUAAUCUAGAUUCCUUUUUAUUUACAUUUUCUCACUUCCUUUGAGCUCUUGUCACUGAUUGGCUCUUGUGUUCCUUUGUCACCUGUUUGAAUUCACCUGUCACACCUUAUUUAAGUGAUGCACACCUUUUCCCCUUCACAGGAACUGGAACAGUCUGACUUUAAACAACACGUUUCUGGUCUCACUGUCUGCUGCGGACCACAUUUAACCACACAUUCUUACAGCGCUUUAUUCCGUACCCUCCGAGCUCCCCCUCACCUCCGCUGCAGACUCACCUGUAAUCUAACGUGCAGGUCUUUGGACUGUCGCAGGAAGCCAGAGUACCCAGAAGGAACAUGAGAACUCCACACAGAAAGGAACCCACCAGGGUUCAAACCAGGAUCCUUCUUGUAUCUGAGACUAGUGAGGCUAACCACGGCACCGCUGUGCCACCCAGCAGUUCCACCCAGCAGUUCCACUAGGACGAGUGACUCGUGAUUUCUUAACUUAUGCUUGUGAGUUUAACCAGUAACUUUAUGUAAGACUCGGGUGAAGUCUAAUUGUGUUUUUGUUUUGUUUGUGUGUCGCAGGCGUUCAUAACUGCAGCUA